GGUGCAGGCCACGCACACGGCAGCUGUCGGGCAGGCUGGGGCGGGGAACGUGUGGGGGCCGCCAGCCAGCCAGUAGGUCUGCUGAUUUUUCCUGCGAGAGUGUGCUGCUGCUGCCACUCCAGGACCCGUCACUGUUACCACAGAAGUUGGGUUUGUUUGCGGGAACCUUAGUACGCCUCAGUCCUUGAGAGCAAUGGAAAGCUUAGAAAACCUGCCCACAGAGCUGCAACGGAACUUUUACUUGAUGCGAGACCUGGACCAGCGGUCACAAGAUGUUAUGCGUAAUAUUGACCAGAUUUCAGAUGAGUACCUGACAACAGUUAAAAGCUUGAGUCCUGAGAAAAGAUCUGAGCAGAUGAGCAAGAUUCAAAAGAUGUUCAACAGGGCAAAAGAGUACAGUGAUGACAAAGUUCAGCUUGCUAUCCAGACUUAUGAACUGGUGGAUAAACACAUCCGCAGAUUAGAUUCUGACUUAGCCAAAUUUGAGGCAGAAAUCAAGGAGAAAGCACUCAACAACAAUAAGAAGGAGGAAGAAACCAAUAGUAAAAAAAGGAGAAAGAAAAAAGAAGAAAAAGGUAAAAACAAAAGAAAAGGGACUCAGUCUGAUGAUGGAGAAGCAGUUCCCAAGACUGGUCGCAAGAAGAAGAAGAAAUUGGAAACAGACUCAGCAAUUGUCUCAACCAUACCGUGCCUCUCCAUUGCCCACCCCUCAGAUGUGUUGGACAUGCCUGUUGAUCCUAAUGAGCCAACCUACUGCCUAUGUCAUCAAGUGUCCUAUGGAGAGAUGAUUGCAUGUGAUAAGAUGGAUUGUCCCAUUGAGUGGUUUCAUUUUGCCUGUGUUGGGCUCACUACCAAGCCAAAAGGAAAAUGGUACUGUCCAAAGUGUUCCACUGAAAGGAAAAAGAAAUAGGGAUGUUGUAUUUUUAUUCUAGAGAAAUAUUUUUCUGAUAGCUUUAGUAUUUGUUGAUUGUUAAAAAAGUAUUUCUAGGAGGAAUAUCUUUUAAGCUAAAGUUGAAGGAUUUCUGUUAUUAGUAAUAAAGUUGUACUUGAAGUCUUUACAUUACUUACAUCAAAAGAAGUGCCAAAAUUUUGCUCAUUACAAACUUAAGUGUAAAAAUUAGCCUUGAAAUCACACAUUCUCUUUACUAAUUUAGUACUGAGAGGUUUCUUGUGAUCAUUGGAAAGCAUAUGGAUGUGCAUAUUGUUGCUAUAUUAAAGGAUGAAUACAAGCAAAAUGUUUUUGUCAAAUGUGAGGAAGUUCAGAUGAAUGUACGUACGUGUAUGUAUGUACGCACCUUAUUUUGGCUAUAGGUAGGAAGAUAUUUUUAUCUAUAUCAGUGAUGGUUAUAAUAACUUCAGUUUUGUAGGUGUAUGUUAGCAACUUUCAAGCUUUAAUAAUUUAUCAGAAUUGUGUAUGAUUCCUUUAAAAUCUUAAAAUGUGUUUCACAUCAAAAGACUUCUGUUCCAUUAUUUCUAUGACAUGGACAUUAAAGCAGUCUUGACUGGAUCAUGCUAUUGACAACAUUUUCAUAAGCAAAGUCAUUCCAGCAUAGCUAAUAAAAAUGCACUAUUUUC